CUGGUCAGCUCUGGUACUGCAGCCCACACGGCAGGUGAGUCCCACCACCAGUGCUGAGAGCACCCGCUGGUCAGCUCUGGUACUGCAGCCCACAAGGCAUAACCCAGGAAGGCAGGUCACUGGGCACAGGAUUUCCAGGAGCAGGCUGGGUAUCAGUUAUCGGCCAGUUUAACUGGACAUCAGGGCUGGCAUGUCGGGCUGUGCAGCGGGCAGAGGCACGUCAGCAGGCACCGAGUCAUCUGGCACGACAGCGGGCACAGAGUCACCGGGCACGUCAGCGGGCACAGGUCACCGGGCAUGUCAGCGCGGCACCAAGCCUUCUAGCAGAACCGCGGGUACCGGGUCACCAAGCUCGACAGCAGGCACCAAAUUAACUGGCACAACAGUGGGCACUGAAUCAACUGGCACGACAGCGGGCACCUAGUCAUCUGACUCGACAGCGGGCACCGAGU